GAGGGAACAUGUUUUUCCAUUUUCAUUUCAGAGUGUUUUGGACUGUCAAAAGUUGGGGCUAGUUCUGACAACGUGUCAUCAUUAAGCAUGUGGUGGCCAUUCAGCAGAGAAGGAGCAUCUGGGUUUUCUUCUUCUUCCACUGCAGAGCAAGUCACUCAUGGCAUUGAUGGAAAUGGCCUCACUGCUAUUGUCACAGGGGCAUCAAGUGGUAUUGGUGCUGAGACUGCCCGUGUUCUUGCUAUGCGUGGUAUUCAUGUAAUUAUGGGAGUAAGAAAUAUGAGUGCAGCAGAAGAUGUUAAAGAAACAAUACUGAAGGAGAUUCCUACAGCUAAAGUUGAUGUCAUGGAGUUAGACCUUAGUUCAAUGACAUCUGUUCGGAAAUUUGCAUCAGAGUUCAAUUCAUCUGGUCUUCCAUUGAACAUUUUGAUAAACAAUGCGGGAAUUAUUGGACUCCCUUUCACGCUGUCUGAGGACAACAUUGAACUACUCUUUGCCACGAAUUACAUAGGUCAUUUUCUUUUAACAAAUUUGUUGUUGGAUACUAUGAAGAAAACAGCAUUUGCAAGUAAGAAACAAGGUCGAAUUGUUAAUGUCUCCUCAUCUGGUCACAGGUUAACCUAUCAUGAAGGAAUCCGUUUUGAUAAAAUUAAUGAUCAAUCAAGUUAUUGGAAAUUCUGUGCGUAUGGUCAAUCAAAGCUUGCUAAAAUUUUACAUGCUAAUGAACUUGCAAGACGUCUCAAGGAAGAUGGGGUAGAUAUCACUGUUAAUUCUCUUCAUCCAGGAGCCAUUGAAACCAAUAUUCAUCGUCACCUAGUAUUUAAUGGUAAUUACCACAUUGCAAUAUUUGGACUUCUAGAUGUAGUUAAAAUGUUGGCACGAUAUGUAAUUAAAAAUGUCCAACAGGGCGCGGCAACAACAUGCUAUGUAGCAUUACACCCAGAAGUAAAGGGAAUUAGUGGUGAGUAUUUUGCAGAUUGCAAUAUCAGCAAAACAAGCUCAAAGGGAAAAGACAUUGAUUUGGCUAAAAAACUCUGGGAUUUUAGCAUGAAUUUGAUCAAGUAACAUACUUGGUGGCAAUCUUCAAUGCAAGUGGGAUAUA